AUGGGUGUGCGUAUCACCAAGGUUCUAGUGUUUGAGCUGGGAUUCUCUCCAGAGAAUGAGAGAAACAAGGGUGCUGUAAAGAGACAAGCUUUAUAUGCUUGCAGUACUUGUACUCCACCAGGAGAAGAACCGGCAGGGAUAUGCUUAGCCUGCAGUUAUGAGUGUCAUGGAACACACAAGCUGUUUGAAUUGUAUACAAAAAGAAACUUCUGCUGUGACUGUGGAAACAGCAAAUUCAAAAAUUUGCAAUGCAGAUUACUUCCAGAAAAAGUAAAGGUGAAUUUGGGCAAUAAGUAUAACGACAACUUCUAUGGAUUGUACUGUAUUUGUAAAAGACCUUAUCCUGAUCCUGAAGAUGAGAUCCCGGAUGAAAUGAUCCAGUGCAUUGUUUGUGAAGACUGGUUCCAUGGAAGGCAUCUUGGUGUGGUUCCUCCUGACAGUGGUGACUUCCAUGAGAUGGUGUGCCAGACCUGUAUGAAUCGAUGCUCUUUCCUAUGGCCUUAUGCUGCACAGUUAGCAGUUCCUACACUGACCAAAAUGAACUCUCAUGAAGAUGAUGGGAUUGUGCUGAAUGUUAAAGAAACUGAGGAACAGACAAGGGAAAUCAAAAAAGAAAGUGGACUAGACCAGACAGAAAAGAGUGUGGAAGAGCAAGUUGAGCAGUGUAAUGAACCAUCUACUAGCUCUGGGUCUGCAUGUCCAAAGGUGGUCACAAAGAAUGAAGAACAAUUUUGCAAGCUGAGAGAAUUCCAAAGAAAGCUGUAUCUAAAGAAAGAUACUGCCACAUUCUGGCCUUCUAGCUGGCGAAGCAAGUUAUGCACAUGCAAAGACUGUUUGAAAAUGUAUUCAGAAUUGGAUGUCCAGUUCCUGACAGAUGAAUGUGACACAGUGUUGGCCUAUGAGAAUAAAGGCACAAGUGACCAGGAGACAGACAGAAGAGAUCCUUUAAUGGACACACUUAGUAGCAUGAACAGAGUCCAGCAAGUAGAACUCAUCUGCGAAUACAAUGACUUAAAGACAGAGUUGACUGAUUAUCUCAGGAGAUUUGCAGAUGAAGGAACGGUUGUUAAGAGAGAGGACAUUCAGCAAUUCUUUGAAGAAUUUCAGUCACGAAAGAGAAGGAGGACAAAUAGGAUGCAGUACUACUGCAGUUAA